UUUUCUAAAGGCUGUCAAUGAAGAGUGGAGAAAUGGCUAAAUUGACCCAGUUAAUUGACAAUGACACCUUUCGGGCUUAUGCUACAUAUGCAACUAUUGUUCUUCUAAAAAUGAUGUUAAUGAGUCUUGUAACAGCGUACUUCAGAAUCACAAGAAAGGCAUUUGUCAACCCAGAAGACGUAGCAUCAUUUGGAAAAGGUGAGACUGCUAAAAAAUAUCUGCGGACUGAUCAAGAUGUCGAACGUGUACGCAGGGGCCACCUGAACGACCUUGAAAAUAUUGUCCCAUUUCUCGGUAUUGGACUGCUGUAUGCUCUUAGCGGCCCUGACCUGUCCACAGCCUUGCUUCAUUUCAGGAUCUUCACUGGGGCAAGGAUCAUUCACACUUUUGCAUACUUGAUCCCUCUUCCCCAGCCUGGCAGAGGUUUGUCUUGGGCAGUUGGGUAUGCAGUGACUAUAUCCAUGGCAUACAAAGUGCUGAAGACAGCUUUGUACCUGUAGCGGAGUCGUAGCUUCUGUGUACCAUUCCACAUUCCACUCAAAGUUUCCAGCAGUGUAUGUUGAUAUCUUGAAUGAG